GCCUUUCUCCUUGGAGCUCGGGGAGGGGGCCCUUGAAGGCAGCCCACGCUGAGGCUCCAGCAAAGGAGGGGAUUCAGAGGAGGAGGAGGAGGAAGGCUCUGCGUCCAGAAGGAGCGGUGGGAGGGAAGAAAGGAAGGAAGCAAGCAAGCAAGGAAGGAAGGGGAAGAGCAAGAGCCGGGCGGCGGGAGGGGCCUCAGCCAACCAAGGCAGGAGCAGCAGCAGCAGGAGCAGCAGGAGAAGCAGCAGCGCGGUUUUGGGUCUCCCUCCGUCUUUCUCUCUCUCUCUGGCCUGCAAAGAGGGAGGAAAGGCUGCUUGCAGUGCGGAGGAAAAGCCAGGUGAGCUUCUGGAAGGGGGAAAGCCCCGAGGAGACGUGGACCUCGCUUUGCAACCUGCCCAGAGACACCUUUUUGGGGGAAGCAGCAGCAGGCAGAGCGACGCAGCUUGAAGGCGAAGCCACCGUGGUGCAAUUGGGCCGGCGAGAAGCAAGCGAGAAAAGAAGCCAGCCCUUCUUUGGCUCCUGAAGCGAGUCCAUCCCGCGCCUUCCCGCCUUCCUAGGGACUGCGUCGCUUGCGGCAAAGCGCCCGGUUGCUGGAGUGUAUUAGAAAACCUGACUGCAUCAAUGAGUGGGUUGACUGUCUCUCUCAACUCCAGGCUGUUCGCAACUUAAAAAGAUGCAGACAGUAACUGAGAAUGGAGAUCCCUCUAUUGGAAAACAAAAUGAGGAGAAAACGUAUAAAAAGACUGCAUCGUCAGCUAUCAAAGGUACCAUACAGCUGGGUAUAGGAUACACCGUGGGCAACCUCACAUCUAAACCUGACCGAGAUGUACUUAUGCAAGACUUCUAUGUCGUAGAAAGUGUCUUUCUUCCCAGUGAAGGGAGCAAUUUGACUCCUGCUCACCAUUAUCCAGACUUCAGAUUUAAAACGUAUGCUCCUCUUGCCUUCCGCUACUUCAGAGAACUUUUUGGUAUUAAGCCUGAUGACUACUUGUAUUCAAUUUGCAGCGAACCUUUAAUAGAACUAUCCAACCCUGGUGCGAGUGGAUCCUUGUUCUUUGUCACCAGUGAUGACGAGUUCAUAAUCAAAACAGUUCAACACAAAGAAGCAGAGUUCCUUCAGAAACUGUUGCCUGGCUACUACAUGAAUCUCAACCAGAAUCCAAGGACACUCUUGCCAAAAUUUUAUGGACUAUAUUGCGUCCAGUCAGGGGGUAUUAAUAUCCGGAUAGUUGUGAUGAACAAUGUUCUGCCUCGAGCACUGAAAAUGCAUUUCACAUAUGACUUGAAAGGCUCAACAUACAAAAGGAGGGCAUCCAGGAAAGAGCGAGAGAAGUCCAACCCCACCUUUAAAGAUUUGGAUUUUCUGCAAGACAUGCAUGAAGGAUUGUAUUUUGACUCCGAAACCUACAGUGCACUAAUGAAAACUCUACAGCGGGAUUGCAGAGUAUUGGAAAGCUUUAAAAUUAUGGAUUACAGUUUACUUCUUGGAAUCCACACGCUGGACAACGCUGCAAAAGAGAGAGAAGGGGAGACUUCUCAGAACACCUCUGAUUCAAAACGCCCAGCAGGACAAAGAGUUCUCUAUUCUACCGCUAUGGAAUCGAUACAGGGUCCAGGAAAAUCUGGGGACUGUGUCAUCACAGAGAGCACUAACACAAUGGGAGGAAUUCCAGCUAAAAGCCACAGAGGAGAAAAGCUGCUACUGUUCAUGGGCAUCAUUGAUAUCCUACAGUCUUACAGAUUAAUAAAGAAAUUGGAACAUUCCUGGAAGGCACUUGUUUAUGAUGGAGACACUGUUUCAGUGCAUAGGCCAAGUUUUUACGCUGACAGAUUUUUAAAGUUUAUGAGUUCCAGAGUGUUCAAAAAGAAUCAAACCUUAAAGUCCUCUCCCUCCAAGAAAAGAUGUAAUUCCAUUGCUGCUCUUAAAGCGACAUCACAGGAAUUUGUAUCUGUGGUUAGCCAUGACUGGAAAGAUGAAAAACAUGACUUGCUUACAGAGGGACAGAGCUAUUGUAGUCUUGAUGAAGAAGUAUUAGCCUCCCGACACAGACCAGAUUUAGUGCCAAGCUCAGCCUCUCUGUUUGAAGCAGCUUCUUUAGCGACCACAAUUUCUUCUUCCUCCCUGUUUGCAGAUGACCAAUAUCAACAAGAUGGAUCUAGGUUUUAUUCUAGCAGUAAAGUGUUGCCUUCAAGUUCAACGUUCACCUUAGAAGACAGUGCUAUCUGCUUGACUUCAGAACAGAGCACAGUAGAGACCGAGAAUGAUAAUGCUUCCGUACUGGAUAUAUACUUAAGGAGGAAUAGCAGCUGCUCGGAAAGAAAAGAGUAACAAUCCAUGAAAGAAAGAAAAAACAACAACAGUGUAUUUGAAGUAAAGAAAAGCACUUUCUGCACUCCAGAUUUGCAAGGAAGAUUUGCUGAGCCUCAUAAGCGAAAAGAUGUGAUCAAGCGAACUUCUGUGGCAAAUGGCGAUGGAUUCUUGCACCCUAGAAAUGCCCCUUUAGACUUGUGGAUGAGACAUGAAACAUUCCACCCUUUACUCUGACGUGCUGCUGCCUGCUGAACUGUGAAGAACCGCAUACAUCAUAUCUUAAGCUGCUUCCUCUACUGCUGCCAAUCAUCUUUUCAGGACAUGAAAGUGAUAUUUUCUUAUUGACUCUCACGUGAUUUUUCAUUUGCAUGUACUUGGUGAUUAUGCACAAAACAAAGUAUCUAAUCUGCUUUGCCUAUUUAAAAAAGCCAUCAUCACACUGGUGAUUAUUAUGUAAAUCAAUUCUGCUUUUCCUCU